AUGUCUGUGAUUGAAGGUUCUAAUGAGCUUGCUAUCGUCCCUGUUCCAAACCAGCCUUCCACUGAGUCAACCCAUUUCUCUACUCCUGGUCAUCCUCACCAACCCCACCGAGACCAAUCCAACUCUUCCCGCUCUUUCCCAAUCCACAAGCAUAUUAAUAUGCCUAAAUCUGCAGUACUAUUCAGUGAAAAUUUCCGUUCCAGCUCCAAAGCUUCUAUCAAUGAGAUUCUCAACUUGGCACAAAUUCCAGCCCGUGCUAAGUACCUUGGUAUCCCUCUCUUCAUGCAUAGAAAAAAGAAGGAUUCUUUUGUUGAGCUCAAGGACAGGAAGUUUUGGUGGGGCUAUCCACAGGAAAAGAAGCAUAAUCUCUCACUUCUCUCUUGGGAAAGCGUUUGCAAGCCGAAAUCCUUGGGUGGUUUAGGUAUUAGGACUAUGGAAUCUCUCAAUAAUUCCUUACUUGCAAGACUUGGUUGGAAGAUGACUUCAAAUCAAUCCCUUCUUUGGGUUGAUUCUCUUAGGAGUAAGCAUCUCAAGAAUGGUAUUUCUUUUCUAAAUGCUGCUUCCAAUCCUAGCUCUUCUUGGCUUUGGAAGGGUUUGCUGAAAAAUAGGAAGGUUGUUGAAAAGGGAGCUUGUAUUUCCAUCUCCAGUGGUUUGAAUGUGGAUAUUUGGUCCUCUCCUUGGAUUCCUUUGAUGCCUAAUUUUAGGCCUAUUCAUAAUGCUAAUUUGGAUGUUUGUCCCUCUCUUACUGUGGCUGAUCUUAUUAUUCCAGGGGAGCAAAUUUCCACCUCCAGGUUUGCAAAUCGGCCUAUCUCUGAUUGGAUUUCUACAAUCCUCUCUCCCAUGGCGUCUUUUGGUAUUACCAAACCUGAGGUGAGAAAGUUCCAGCUCUUUGUUGCUCUUGUUAUGGAUUUUAUUUGGAGGGCUAGGAACUUGCUUAUCCAUGAUGGCCUUCAACCUUCUUCCAGCCAAGCUAUUGUUCAGGUUUCUAGUAGUCUUAAUCACCAUAUUACUGCAUGGCGUGAGCUUGAUCUACCCACUCUAUGGGUGCCUCCGGUUGUAGGUUACGUAAAAGGCAAUUUUGAUGUCGCAGUGAAGGGGUCGUUUGCGGUUGUGGCGGCAGUGAUUAGUGAUGAUAUGCGCAACAUUAUAAGUGUUGCCACUCAGAAACUUAAUUCCACUGAUGUUCUGCAAGGAGAAGCUUCUGUAGCUUUGUUGGCUGCACGGUUGGUAGUCUCCUCUGGUUGUGAUAAGCUUAUGUUGGAAGGUGAUGCCCUUCUGGUUGUUUUAGCUAUAAACAACCCGUCUUUAUUCUCUUCUUGGACUUUUGCUAAUUGUAUUUAUAAUAUUAGUUUAGUUCUUUCUUCUUUUCAAAGUUGGAAUGCUUUGAAAGUUUCUCGAUGUGCCAACUUUCGUGCACUUGCUCUAACUAAAUGGGUCACUUCCAAUCUUGUUUUUUGA